CGUGGUUCGCGUUGAGAACGCUCUGGCUUCUCACUAGGGAAAUACUCCAACGGUUAUUUUCCUAGGUUGCUCGAACCUUUGACCGAUCUUUACAUUUCAAUCUUACCGAUUAAUCUUGAAGUUUCUUCUUGGUCUAGGCUCGGAUUUCAUUAUUCUUUCCUUUCCAUCGAUUGGAUUUGGGAGAUUUUGAAUUUUUGGGCUUAAACGACGAUUUUGAGGUCCCAGGUCGUGAAGUUACUGUUCAUAAUCGCAGACUUCAUUUUUGAAUCUCCAUCCGAUUUUUGAGGAUUGUUUUUGCUCAAAGGGGUUUGUGUGGGGGUCGCCCCUGGCGAACCUCCAAGCACCGGUUUCAAGGCCUGAUUACACAGAAAACUCAAGAAACGAAGAAAUUGGAGUUCGUUGGUAUUGUUCAUGGCAGAGUCUAUUUCUUCAGAUUUCUCAAUAUCCUGUCGGUCAAAUUAGUUUCUGAAGUCAGCUUGGAGCUUGUCUUGUUCUUAAGAAGCUAAGGAAUCCUCUUUGACUCCUACAAGCUAGUAUCCAGGUUUUCCCCAAAAUCUAGGGUACUGUAGCUCGCACGCAGGGCAGUCUCCCUGUUUUAUUUUUUCUAGAAUUCGUGUUCAUUUGCUGAAAGAAAUAAUUAUACUGUGUGAAUCGCCUUGCUAAGGAGAUCAUUCUGUGAAUUUUUCAUAUUUUUCUGAGCUGUUUGAAAAAACCGAGUUACUGUUCAUCUUCCCCAAAGCUGGAAACACAGGCUGCUACAGUAAUUCCUGCGCACCAGACUAGUUAGGAAUUUUUUCUGAACUCUGUACUAGUCCGUUUGCCAAACGGAUUUCACUAGCCUGCUCCAUAUUACUAGGGGUAUCUUGGAGAGUAUUCUUGGAAUUUUCUGAGCAUGUUCAACUGAGGUCCGAACGGUUCACCAUCUUCCCCAAUGACGAGGAAAAAUAAACAGUCUCGUACUCCUCCGUUGAAAGACCAGCAGUUUGAAGAGAAAUUCAAGAAGCUUCAAGCUAGGCAAUUGGAGCUUGAACUUAAGAAGAAAGAAGAUGGAACUACCAAGAAGAUCUUACCUCCUUAUGUUCCUAAAGUGGCUCCUAAAAUGACUAUCAAUCCGGUAGUUCCACUUUUGGGGGAAACUGCUUCUUCUAAUGCCGAGCCCUCAAAGGAGUUUUCCUUUGAACAACCGGCUGUCUCUACAGGUGUUCCUGAUGGUGUUGAUGGCUUGGAUGGUGUUGAUGGCAUUGUGGGUGAAGAUGCUCAAAGCCAUGGUUCGGAUGAUAUUGCUUCUAGCUACAAAGAGGACCUUGGAGAGCAUGAGGAAACUGGGGUAAAGAAACCGUGGGUCAACCUCUUUCAUGACAAUAGGUCUCUUUCUCAUGGGAUGAAGCUAGACUACGUGGAACCAAAAGGCGAUAUUGUGGACUUCUCAAACCGUAAGCUCCCCACUCUCAUUGAGAUUUGGGGCUUUUGUUUGGUUGGUUUUUUUGCAGGUAGGUUCCCGGGCAUGCGCGCUAUCCAAGCCCUCACUCUCAAAUGGGGUGUGCAUUGCAAGAUCAAAUCACAUGAUAAGGGUUGGGUGAUUUUUCACUUUCAUAGUGAAGAAGACCGCACUAAAAGACAAAGCUAGGCCUAACUUUGCUAGAGUGCUUGUGGAGAUCGAUGUUUCAAAGCCGCCUAUCUUGGAGAUACCUAUCAUGCUCCCUUCGGGAAAGGUAAGGAACCAAUUUGUUAUUUAUGAAACUUUUCCUAACUUUUGUUGUCAUUGCAAGGUUUAUGGUCAUCAUCACUUCACAUGCAAAACAACAACAAAGAAGGAUAUUGUUGACCAACCUAAGGGUGGGAAUGAACUUGUGGUCUUUGACAAGGAGGGGGAUAAAGGUGGUAGGACACUCAAGGCUCCUAAGGUUCAAGAGUGGGUGCAAAAGAAAAAAGCUCAGUUCAAAGCUCUUAAUCCGAAGGUGCAACCUAAAGGGAGGCAGCCCGUGGCUAAGCAGGGGACUGCCCAGUCGCAACCAGUGGGCCCACAUCCAAAGGAAGGCCUCAAAAUUGCUCCUAAGUUGACUGUUACUUCAAAGGAGCCCCAUGUACUUGCCCCCAAACUCACUGCCGCUCCCAGUACCUCUCUUGGACCCUCUGUACAAACUGCCAGGCCCUCAAAAGAUGCUGCCAAAGAUAGCUUGACAGUCAACAUGCUAUCUAUUGCUCUACCUUCAAAGAACUCUCCUAAACCGACGCAUCAUGGGAAGGGUUCUAGGCCGAGAACUAAUCAAAUGACAAUCACAAAGAAUAGGUUUGGCGAGGAUGUGUGUGAGGAUCUACCGCCGGGUGAAUUAAUUUAUAGCAUGUAUGAGAUGCAUUACAAGGACAUUGUUACCGGAGUCUUUACGGAUGAAAAAGGAAAGAGAUUUGCCACUAUCAUUCAACCGGAGGAACUUCCAAAAUGGGAAACGGUGAUCAAAGUGGGUGCCGAUUACAAACCGGUCACCAAUGAGGAUGCACCGGGUGUUUAUUUCACCCAUAAUGGCAUUAUGAAUCUUCCGGGGGUUACACGAAACCUCACAUGGUAUGAUUUCGAUCCCAAGCUUUUUCCUUCUAAUGUCUUUUCUUUUUUUGAUCAAAAUUCCAAGGAGAAUAGGAGGUAUUACAAGGAAAAGAUUCGUAGGGAACGUCGAAUACUCAAAGGAAAAGCAAAAGAGGGGGUAAACUCAAGUGAUGAGUCCUCGUCCUAUGAUGAUCUUUCAUGUUAAAGUUGCUCACUUGGAAUGUGCGAGGUUUGAAUAAACCUUCCAAGCAUAAAUUUAUUACUAGUUUUAUUAAAUUAAAUUGUGUGAAUCUUUGUUGUUUCUUGGAAACGAAAAUGACAAAAGAUAGUUUUAAUAAUUUUGUUUCUAAUAAAUGGCCCGGUUGGCUUUUAGAAACUAAUUUUGAUAAAAUUAAUGGUGGCCGAAUGGCAAUUAUGUGGAAUCCGUGUUUUUUAGAUUGUGUUGUUAUUGCGAUGCAUGAACAAUAUUUGCAUAUUAGGUGUGUGUGCCGAACAACACAAAUGUGUUUUCAAGUGACGUUUGUGUAUGCAUUGUAUACCGUGUUGGAGCGUAAAGCGUUAUGGGAUGAACUUGCUAUACUAGGUGACCAAAUUAGGGAGCCUUGGCUUAUAGCAGGUGACUUUAAUUGCAUUUGCGCUCCAAAUGAAAGGGUUGGGCCGAGCCCCCCUACGGCCUACAUGAUGAAGGAUUUGUUUGAUUUUAAAAUUAGAGCUAGUCUUGAGGAUGCCCCAUCCACGGGAGAGUUUUUUACGUGGAAUAGGGGUGCUCUUCGGGCUAAACUUGACCGUGUUCUUUUAAAUGAUGUUUGGGGGCAACUUGAUAUUAGUUGCAAGGCCCAUUUCCAGGAAAUGGAGGUUGAGUUUGAUCAUACGGCUUCCGUUGUAUCAAUACUCAAUAAUUCCUCUAUUAGGCCGAAACCCUUUAAAUUUUUUAACAUGUGGAUUAAGCACAAGCACUUUACUAAUAUUGUUGCACAAGGUUGGAGUCAAUUUUUCCAGGGUACGUCUCAAUAUUCAAUUGUGAGAAAGCUUAAGUCACUCAAGAGGCCACUAAAGAAUCUCAAUACAUUGGAGUAUGGCAAUAUAUCAUUGAAAGCAAAGAGAGCUAAGGAGGAAUUUAAAAGAUUAAACAAAUUGUGGCUUGAGUCGCCUCUUGACGAUGGACUCAAAUUGCAAGUGACUGAGGCUAGGAAACGUGCUACGUUUUUGGGAGAGGCCGAGACAAAAUUCUACCAACAAAAAGCCAAAGCCACACAUAUUCUUGAGGCGGACAAAGGCACAAGAUACUUUCAUGCUAUGGUCAAGAGAAAUGUUACUCGUAAUGCUAUAUCUUCUAUUUCGUUAGAUGACGGUAGCCUCACCACUUCAUUGGAUCAAGUGGGUGAUGAAUUUGUAAAAUUUUUUGUGGAUUUGUUUGGCACUAGCUCGGUAAACCGUGGCCUUGACCCAUUGGUCUUAGGCACCGGCCCUUUAAUUGAACCAAGUGUUCAUGAUGGCCUACUUGCUCCAAUAACAAAUAAGGAAAUUAAAGAUGCCUUGUUUGAUAUUGGAGAUGACAAGGCACCGGGGCCGGACGGUUUUACCUCAGCCUUCUUUAAGGCUAAUUGGAAUUUGGUUGGGGAUGACAUAGUCCAAGCAACAAAGGAGUUUUUUCGGACGGGUAAGCUGCUUAAACAGAUUAAUCAUACUAUCAUAGCACUUAUCCCUAAGACUAAUCACUCUCCUAAGGUUUCGGACUAUAGACCCAUUUCUUGCACGAAUGUCUUAUAUAAGAUUAUCACAAAAAUUAUUGCGGCUAGAUUAACCCCAUGCCUCUCGGGGUUGGUUAAUCAAGCCCAAGGAGCGUUUGUGGAUGGGCGCCUAAUGUUUGAUAACAUUUUCCUUGCCCAGGAACUUGUUAGAGGAUACAAUAGGAAGCGAAUCUCACCAAGGUGCAUGAUUAUGGUAGAUUUGCGUAAGGCCUAUGACACGAUUUCUUGGGACUUCCUCGAAAAAGUCCUUGGGGGUUUGGGUUUCCCUCCUCGCUUUGUUGCAUGGAUUAUGGAGUGUGUAUCUACGGCCUCGUUCUCGGUUUCCUUGAAUGGAUCGUUGUACGGUUUUUUUAAAGGCAAACGGGGUAUAAGGCAAGGGGAUCCAAUGUCCCCUUUGCUAUUUGUACUGUGUCUCGAGUAUUUUUCCCGGUUACUCACCUUGAGGGCCAAAGGGAAUAAUUUCAAUUUCCACCCACAAUGCUCUUCUUUGGGCAUUACACAUCUGGCCUAUGCAGAUGACCUUAUGCUCUUCUCGAGAGGUGACAAGUAUUCUAUAGAAAUAUUGGUCAACGCUCUCAAAGAGUUUGGGGAUGCAUCGGGCCUUCGGGUGAACCACGAUAAAUCUAAGAUUUUCGUUGGUGGGGUGAGAGACUUUGAGCUUCAGAAUAUUUUGGACUUGGUUGACUAUGGGCAAGGAACAUUCCCGGUAAGGUACCUCGGAAUUCCUCUUGCCCCUCUUAAGAUCUCGGUUGCACAAUAUGCGCCCUUACUUGAUACGGUAAAUGAUUUUUUGAAAGCAUGGAAUACGAAAACAUUAUCCUAUGCCGGGAAAAUCGAGCUAAUACGAUCGGUGAUCCAAGGGGUCCAAUCGUUUUGGCUCCAAAUUUUUCCGGUUCCCCAAACCAUUUUGGAUAGGAUAGUGUCCAUUUGUAGAAUUUUUUUGUGGGGGGGCAAGUUUGCGAAAGUAGCUUGGGACGACAUUUGUCUCCCAAAAGAGGAAGGCGGACUCGGCAUACACAAUGCUAAGACCUGGAAUGAUAGCCUCCUUUCGCGCACUCUUUGGGACGUACACAAAAAGAAGGACACCUUGUGGGUCCGUUGGGUGAAUGGCGUUUACCUUCGAGGUAAAAGUGUGUGGGAGUAUAUCCCACACGGUCGGGACUCACAACUUAUGAAGAGGUUGGGCCUAAUUCGAGACAAAAUUCGAGGGUGUUUUAAUAAUUUAAAUGAAACCAUCAUGGGACUAAAUGCUAGGUGCAUCAAUGGGAAAUUAAUUUCCGGCAAGGUUUACGAACUCCUAAGAGUUAAGGGGAACCCGAGGACUCCGAUGAGUUUCAUUUGGAAAUCAUAUAUCCCUCCAAAAUUCUCAUUCAACGUUUGGUUGGCAUUGAGAAACAGGCUUCCUACCCAGGAUAGCCUCGGUUACCUACAUAUAGUUAAUAGGUGUGACUUAUGCAAGGGUGGAUUGGAGACAAUUCCACACCUAUUUUUCCAAUGUCCAUUUUCUUGCAGGGUAUGGGAUAGAAUUAAAGCAUGGAUUGGACUUGGGCAUCAGAUGACUACGCUCCUAAGUGCAAUCAAGUGGAUCACUAAGACGCACAAAGGAGCAACCUUGAAAGCUAAGACUGGGCGGCUUGCAUUCUGUGCCGUGGCCUACUACAUUUGGCAAGCGCGAAAUGAGAUGAGAUUUGAUGAAGGGAAGAAGACGGAAGAUGACGUGGUUGCUAAGAUCAAGCAUGUGGUCUACAAGAUACUCUUCAGUAUCUACCCACAUGACUUGAUCAAGUUUUGAAGUGGAGCUAAAGACUUUUUGGGAAGCUACGGCUUAGCCUCUAUAUAUACCGGAUUUGUGUGCGUGCACCUUGUAGCACCAUUAUAGUUUUGAUUUUUGACUUAUUAGCCGCUUAUUUUUGCGUAUAGGUCGAGAUUGACUUAUACUAGACUAUUAGCCUCUUCUCACCCUUUCCUUUUCUCACGAAAUAGGAGGGGGAUGGGGGCUUUUGAUUUUUGGACACACUGUACUUGUUAUAUUUUUUUCUUGGGUGUUAAUAUAAUUUACAUUUCAUCCAAAAAAAAAACAAUCAAACAC